AUGAAUAACGAUUCAGUGACGUGGGAAAUAUUGGGUAAAGGGAAAUGUUCCUUUAAGAAAAAAGUGGAUACUGAAAUAUUUUGUUUAAAUGAAUAUAAUGUAACAGGUUUAUGUACAAAAGCAAAUUGUCCGCUAAGUAAUAGUGUAUAUUCUACAAUAAUAUUAGAUAAGGGUGAAAUAUAUUUAUAUAUGAAAUCUGUUGAAAGAGCACAUUUACCUAGUGCCUUAUGGAGUAGGGUUCUUUUGAGUUUAAACAAAAAGGAAGCUUUUAAUGUUAUUUAUAAAGAGUUAAAAUUUACACAGAAUAUAAAACAUAUAAAGAAAUGUAUGAAGAGAUAUGUAAGGAUAAAAGAAAUAUUAAAGAGGAGUAGAAAACUCAUAUUACAAAAACAAGUAAAAAUGAUGCCUAUUAAGAAGAAAACGGAAAGGAGAGAUAAAACAAGAGAAAAAAAAGCUUUAAAAGCUGCAAACCUUUUAAAUAACGUAGAAAAGGAAUUGUUGAAUAGAUUAAAUACUGGAAUUUAUGGAUCUCUAUAUAAGUUCUUAACUCCUAAAAAGAAAAUGAAAAAUAAGGAUUCUGAGUUAACAAAAAUAUUUGAUGUGAUGGGGGAGAAUAAAGAUGAAAUGAAAAAGAAGGGGAAAAAAGGAAAGGACGAAAAUGUAAAUUAUGAGACAAUGUCUCAGGAGGGGGGAGGCCAGGAGGAUGAUGAUGAAGAUGUGGAUAUGGAUGAUGAUGAUGAGGAUGUAGAUAUGGAUGAUGAAGAUGAGGAUGUAGAUAUGGAUGAUGAAGAUGAGGAUGUAGAUAUGGAUGAUGAAGAUGAGGAUGUAGAUAUGGAUGAUGAAGAUGAGGAUGUAGAUAUGGAUGAUGAAGAUGAGGAUGUAGAUAUGGAUGAUGAAGAUGAGGAUGUAGAUAUGGAUGAUGUUGAUGAUGAUGAUGAAGAUGUAGAUAUGGAUGAUGUUGAUGAUGAUGAUGAAGAUGUAGAUAUGGAUGAUGUUGGUGAUGAUGAUGAUGAAGGUGGUAUAUAUGAUGAUAAUGAUGAGGAUGACUAUGAUAAUUAUAAUGAUAAUGAUAAAGACAGCGUUGAAGAAAGUACCUCAAUAAGUAAUGAUAAAAAGAAGAAAAAGAAGAGAAAGAGAAAAGAAUACAAAAAGGAAUAUGUUGACAAUGAGCACAUAAAAAAUUUACAAGCAAAUGGGAAGCUGGCAAUGGACGAUGAUGAAAUAGAAGAAAUGAAUCAUAAUUUUAGAAGAAAAAAAAAAUCAAAUAGUAAAAAGGAAAAAGGCAAGAAGAAGAUUAAAAUGGUUUACGAAAAUGACUAA